AUGCCUAAAGCUUUAUUUGAUAAGCUUAAAUUUGGGGAUCUUGAGCCAAUAUGUAUGGAUCUAUUAUUAGCUGAUACACCUGUGAGACAGCCACAUGGAAGAUUAAAUGAUGUCUUGGUUAGAAUUCAGCAAUGUACCUUCCUUGUUGACUUUAUUAUGGUAGAUAUGAAUGUGACUGUAAAUUUUAGUCAAUUGACUAUAAUUUUGGGUCAACCAUUCCUUGCCACAGCAAAAGCAAUCAUAGAUUGGGAAAACGGAACUAUUGAGUUCAAGGUUGGAGAGGAGAAAGUUGAAUUAAAUAUGAUUGAAUUCUUUGAAAAUUCUAAAGGAUUUCGUGAAUAA